CUCUCCCUCAUUGUCCAAGUACAGUAUUUUCAACUCUCUCUCUCUAGAGGGUGAACUCUCUGUUUGUUUCUAGAGUGGGGAAAAAAACAAAAAGAAAUAAUGGGGUGUUUAUUUUGCUCUCAAAAAUCCAAGAAAAAGCCCAAAUUUCAGCAGGCCAAGAAACCAGAAGAUCAGAUCUCAUCAACUUCAGAUAAAUCAAAGAUUAGUUCUUUGGUGGGUGUAAAUAAAGAAGCUUUAAAAGAUGGAGGAUCUACACACAUUGCAGCACACACAUUUACAUUUCGUGAAUUGGCAGCUGCAGCCAAGAACUUUAGAGCAGAUUGUCUUUUGGGUGAAGGAGGUUUCGGGAGAGUAUAUAAAGGGAGAUUAGAGAGUACAAACCAGGUUGUGGCGAUCAAGCAACUUGAUCGCAAUGGUUUACAAGGAAAUAGAGAAUUUCUUGUUGAAGUAUUAAUGUUAAGCCUCCUUCACCACCCUAACUUGGUAAACUUAAUUGGAUAUUGUGCCGAUGGAGAUCAAAGGCUUCUGGUAUAUGAGUACAUGCCACUAGGAUCAUUAGAAGACCAUCUACAUGACCUUCCUCCAGAUAAACAACAACUUGACUGGAACACAAGAAUGAAAAUAGCUGCAGGCGCAGCAAAAGGCUUGGAAUACUUGCAUGACAAAGCUAGUCCUCCUGUUAUCUACCGUGACCUUAAGUGCUCAAAUAUUUUGCUCGAUGAAGAAUAUAACCCCAAGCUCUCUGAUUUUGGGUUGGCUAAAUUGGGACCUGUAGGUGACAAGACUCAUGUGUCAACGAGAGUGAUGGGAACUUAUGGUUAUUGUGCUCCCGAAUACGCAAUGACAGGUCAGCUCACGCUGAAAUCGGAUGUUUACAGUUUUGGCGUUGUUCUUCUUGAAAUCAUAACAGGGAGAAAGGCAAUCGACCAUGCAAAAACAGGUUGUGAACACAAUCUGGUUGCUUGGGCACGCCCUUUAUUUAAAGACCGUAGGAAAUUCGGGCAGAUGGCAGACCCCAUGCUCCAAGGGCAGUAUCCUGGAAGAGGUUUAUACCAGGCACUUGCUGUGGCUGCAAUGUGUGUACAAGAGCAGCCUAACAUGCGGCCCGUGAUUGCAGAUGUAGUUACUGCUCUCACAUAUCUUGCUUCUCAAAAAUAUGAUCCGCAAGCCUACCAGCCUCAAACCACUCAUUCAGGCUCUUCCACCCCUAGAAUACGAAGAAACAGCGAUGCUGCCACCAGGUGAGGAUUGGUAUUUUGCUAACAAGAAAUACGGGACUCUUUUGUGUUUAUAUAACACGUGGGACAUGUUGUAUGAUUAUUCUUUUCGACUUUGUUUCUGUCUCACAAUUCUUUUGAAUUUUUGUGUUUUUUUUUUAAUCAAAGGAUUGGCAAUUCUUGUAAUUAGCAAGCUCCAUAUAAAGAAUAGCAGUUAAUUUGGCUUUGCAA